CCUUAACCGCUUAGCGUCUCGAUGUUUGGUUGUUUCAAACCGCUUGAAACCGAGCAGGCCAUGUGUUUCAACCGUUAAAAUUUUCACUUCCAAAUUUUCGCAUCGAAUUAACAGCUGAUUGCUGGAAAAUGGUGCAAUCGCGAAGCCGCAGUAGGACACCACCUCGCAGCUACCGUCGACGACGCAGUUCUUCGACUCGGCAGCAUAGCCGAAAGCAUUCUAGAGGUUCUGGGCAUCGGCGCCACCGGCAUAUCAGUUGCCAUAGCAGCACGAGUCGAACCACCAGUUCCGGUUCGUCGUUCCGUUCGACGCCGGAGCGCAUCCGGCCCGUUGAUCCACCGCCGAACACAUGUCUGGGAGUGUUUGGAUUGAGCAACUAUACGCAAGAAUCGGAUCUGGAAACUAUUUUCGGCACGUACGGUUCCAUCGAGAAGGUGCAGAUAGUGUACGAUGCUAAAACGAAAGCAUCCCGCGGAUUUGGGUUCGUAUAUUUUCGAGAGCUACAUGACGCUUCCGCUGCGAAGGUCCGAUGCAACGGGAUGGUCGUGCACGAGAGAACUAUUCGAGUGGAUUAUUCUGUAACCGAGAGGGCGCAUACCCCAACGCCGGGGAUUUACAUGGGCGAACGGAGUGCCGGGAGGAGACGAAAUAGAAGCUCCUACAGCUCUCGAGGCAGGAGCUAUGAUGAUGACUACCAUUAUGGCCGCGCGAGGCGUAGAGAGUCGCGAUCCCACCGACGUCGCAGUUCGAAGCACAGGCGUCACCGUCACCGGCACGAGACUCGUUCCCGCUCUCGUUCUUGGUCGUACUCGUCGGUGGAUUCUCAGCGUUCCAAACUUAACAUUCGCUGAUGGAUCGAUGUCAUAAGUAUGAUGAAAUUGAUCGUGCGCCUCCAUUCAAUCCGCCUAUCCUAGCGCCACCAAAAAGAUUGUUGCUUUCUAAUUGUUGGUGUCAUUUUUUUAAAUGGCAUAUUCUGUCACAUUUGACUUGGACAUCUAUUGUUUGCGUUUUUUUCG